AUGGCCAAUGUGGUUUGGCAAACAUGUCUUCAACCUCAAACCAUUGUUGAUCAGGAUGGAUAUCUUGUUUACAGAAGAAGAGAAACUGGUAAUAUAGUGAUGAAAAACCACAUUGUUCUUGAUGACAGAUAUGUAGUUACCUACAAUCCAUAUUUGUUGAAGAAAUUUCAAGCACACAUCAAUAUGGAGUGGUGUAAUCAGAGUACUUUAGUUAAGUAUUUAUUCAAGUAUAUUAACAAAGGGUAUGAUAGAAUUACUGCUGCUGUUGUCCAAACUGACUCUGAUGGAUCUUCUGUUAUUAGAAAUGUUGAGGAAAUCAAGCAAUAUCUUGAUUCUAGAUAUGUAUCAUCAAGUGAGGCAUGUUAG